AUGGCGACGUCGCGGGCUGAGAAAGUGACGGAGUUCCUCACUUGUGUAAUCUGCCAGGAACUGUACACAGACCCCUGUACACUGAGAUGUGAUCACACAUUCUGCAGGAAAUGUGUCACAGGAUACAUCAAAACCAGACCAGAUGCUAUACAGUCCAAGACGAUCCCCUGUGCCUUCUGUCGACAAGAUACCAAGGUCCCCAGCCCCAGCAGGCCUGUGGAGGAGUGGGCGGGGCAGAUCAAACCCAGCAUUAUUAUACAGGGGCUGAUUGACACACAAGCUGACGUUGUCAAAACAGGUUCCGCUUCAUGUUGCUCAGUGUGUGAGAAGUUAGGGGAGACAACUCCGGGAGCCUCAUGGUGUUCCAAUUGUAAAGUGUCUCUCUGCGAGAGAUGUGUCAAGAUGCAUCGUGCAAAUCCUGCAUCACAUGGCCAUGAGAUCUGUGACCUUUCCGGGAAGGUGAAGGUGAAGAGGAGGCGUAAGGUCAUGUGCAGGGAACACAAGGAUGAAGUUAUAAAGCUUGUCUGUAAAGACUGCCACAAAGCCGUGUGUCAGACAUGUUGUGUUAUUUACCACAGGCAAUGUGAGUCUGUCGUUACCUUAGAGUCAAUGUUGCCAACCAUGACCCACGAUUUGAGAGAGAAGGCUAAUGUAUUGUCAAAGAAUAUACAUAGGAAACAAACACUUGUUCAGAAAACAAACAAGAAGAUUAGCGGAAUUGAGAAAAACAAAGUAGCAGCAGAAAGUCACAUCAAAUCUGUUGUUGAGAGAGUCAUCGCCAACAUCAAGCAGAAAGAAAACCAACUGAUAAAUAAAGUCAGGGAUAUUUCAGACAAACAAACUAAGCAACUUAAAGCAGUUGUUAAAUCUGAAGAGAUUGAGAUGCAGAUGUCCAAACAACAUUGUGAGUUCAUUGACCAGGCCUUGGUAUCGGACUGUGAGAAGGACCUGUAUGAUGCGUAUCAGGCCUGGGAGUCGAGGGUUGUGGAGUUGGGGGAUUUCAGGGACACAGACACAGUAGACAAACAGGAAAUAGAUGGCAUCAGGUUUAUGCCUGACAUGGACAAUAUCCAGUACAUCCUGAAUGAGCUUCAGUUGGGGAAGAUUGACGUCACACGCCAGGAUCAAAGUACAUGUCUGCCGUCUCCAGUGCGGGUGGACAUGAUAGAUGGAAGGAUGGCGAGUGAUGAGGGGAAACCGGAUCUACAGGACAUCACAGUUCUAUUUGUAGACGGUAUACAAACAAUUGUAGUCAGUGACAUGGGGAACAAUUCAUUGAAAUCUUUCUACACCAGAAAAAAGAAGCCAUGUCAUAGUAAACUCCCCCUGGGUGAACUGCUAUGUGGUGUAACACGGUUGAAGGAGAACCAGGUGCUGGUUUCUGUUGCUGCGUCCCGUGAGAUUGUCACAGUUGAAGUGACCCCAGACCUGAAGCUCGUGUCGACUAUAACAACAAGCAAAACGUACAUGUCUCGCUGUUCUGGGUCCUUCAUCUCUCGCAGCAGGUACUGA